CCACUUGUGCAUCUGCCCCCCCUCCUCCUUCUCCAGCCGACCUAGUUCUUGCGCUGCACUGAGCUGGCUCUCCCCAGGGAUGAGAAUUUGCAAGAUGGUCCGGGUGGCUAGUGUCCUGGGUCUGGUCAUGCUGAGCGUGGCUCUGCUCAUCCUGUCCCUCAUCAGCUACGUGUCUCUGAAGAAGGAGAAUAUCUUCACCACCCCCAAGUAUGCCAGCGCCGGGGGCCCCAGAAUGUACAUGUUCCACGCCGGCUUUCGGUCGCAGUUUGCAAUGAAGUUUCUGGAUCCCUCAUUUGUUCCCAUUACAAACUCUCUGACACAAGAACUGCAAGAAAAACCAGCCAAGUGGAUCUUCAACCGGACAGCGUUUGCACGGCAGAGGAUGGAAAUUCUGCAGAACGUGGACGUAAUCAGAAAUUUUUCUCUGACAAAGAACAGUGUAAGGACAGGACAGCUGAUGCAUUACGACUACUCCAGUCAUAAAUACGUGUUCUCGAUCAGCAAUAACUUCCGAUUGCUUCUUCCAGACACCUCGCCCAUUGUCAACAAGCAUUAUAACAUUUGCGCUGUGAUCGGGAACAGCGGCAUCCUCACAGAGAGUCAGUGUGGCCCUGAAAUAGACCGGGCCGACUUUGUCUUUCGCUGCAACUUUGCUCCGACCGAAGCCUUCCAGAAGGAUGUCGGGAGGAAGACCAAUCUGACGACCUUUAACCCAAGUAUCCUGGAAAAGUAUUACAACAACCUCCUGACCAUACAGGAUCGGAACAAUUUCUUCUUAAAUUUAAAAAAGCUAGAUGAGGCCAUACUAUGGAUCCCAGCGUUUUUCUUCCACACUUCUGCCACAGUCACAAGAACACUGGUUGACUUUUUUGUUGAGCACCGAGAGCAGCUAAAAGUCCAGCUGGCUUGGCCUGGAAACAUCAUGCAGCAUGUGAACAGGUACUGGAAAAACAAGCAUUUGUCUCCUAAAAGGCUAAGCACUGGCAUCCUGAUGUACACCCUAGCCUCCUCCAUCUGCGAAGAAAUACACCUCUAUGGAUUUUGGCCCUUUGGUUGGGAUCCAAACACAGACAAGGAUCUUCCUUACCAUUACUAUGACAAGAAAGGAACAAAGUUUACCACCAAGUGGCAGGAAUCUCACCAGCUUCCUGCGGAGUUUAAACUGCUCUAUAAAAUGCACAAAGAAGGACUGACGAAGCUCACGUUGUCACAUUGUGCCUAAAACCAACACAAAAAAAACAUGAAGUGCCAAUUGUUAUUAAAGUGCCCAGACGUAAUUGAAUAUUCAUCAACAACACAAAAACGGAAAUGUACUUCAUGACCUAGAAUGUAGAUUCCUUUAUCCGUACCUUGUAAUGUUUGGUAUUUGUCAAAUUUAAGCAACAGAGAAAGAAUUCCUUUUUCCGCUAAAUGGAGAAUGACAGUAGUUGAAAGUAUUUUAUAGAAGAAAAAUAAUGUUUGUUUAACAUUCAUUCAUACAUCUGCUGCUAAAUAUUCAUUUUCAUGUAUUUUAUGACCAAUCAGGAAUAUCGGAGACACCCUGAUAUUCCAGAACGAUCAAUGUUAAUCCAACCAAGCAGUGAAGCACAUGUAUUUAUUUUGGGUAAUAUUUAUAAUAGCAAUCAGACUGUGAAAAUGUUACGAACAAACCAUUAUAUGCAAGCUUUAAUGUGGAAACGUUUAAUAGGUCUUAUUUUAACAUUUCAGUAUUUUAUAUUUAUUUUGCAUUUUAGAAAGGUUUUUUUUUACUUUAAAAUGAUUGUCUGGGGGGUACAUGUACCAUUAUUUCUCAGCUGUAAAAGCUGUUAAAUGCUAUUUACUAUCAACUAAACAAUGUGUUAGUAAUUAGGAAAUUGCCAAAAUGACAUCCAGACAGGAUUCUCUUUUCAUUGUAAUAAGUACAACAACAAAAAAAUAGCAAAUGUAUCUUUCUAAAGAACAACAAAGCUUCUUAACAUGGGACUAUGGGGGGUCAUUCCGAGUUGAUCGCUCGCUAGCAGUUUUUAGCAGCAGUGCAAACGCUAUGCCGCCGCCCACUGGGGAGUGUAUUUUUGCUUAGCAGAAGUGCGAACGCAUGUGCAGCCGAGAUCUGCAAAAACAGUUUGUGCAGUUUCUGAGUAGCUCUGAACCUACUCAGCGCUUGCGAUCACUUCAGCCUUUUCGGGUCCAGAUUUGACGUCAUACACCCGCCCAGCGAACGCCCUGCCACGCCUGCGUUUUUUCAGAUAAGCAUGCGUUUUUGCAAACACUCCCUGAAAACGGUCAGUUGACACCUGGAAACGCCCCCUUCCUGUCAAUCUUCUUGCGGCCGUCAGUGCGACUGAAAACUUCGCUAGAACCUGUGCUAAACAACAAUGCCUUUGUACCCGUACGUCGCGCGUGCGCAUUGCGGAGCAUACGCAUGCGCAGAAAUGCCGAUUUUUAACCUGAUUGCUGCGCUGUGAACAACGGCAGAUAGCGAUCAACUCGGAAUGACCCCCUAUGUGUACAAAUGUGCUGUAACUCAUAGCAACCAAUCAGAGGAUAACUAUCAUUUCUCAUUGCACUGUAGAAAAUGAAAGCAUUCAUGUGAUUGGUCACUAGGGGUAACCCAGAUGUACAUAUAGCAUUGUGCGAGAGAUAAAGUGGAUGGAGGUAAAGUACCAACCAACCAGCUCCUAACUGUCAUUUUUCAAAAACAGCCUCUAACAUGACAGUUAGGAGCUGAUUGACUGGUACUUUAACUCUGUCCACUUUAUCUCUCUCCAAGGUUUAGUACACAGAGCCCUAUGUCUAUGUUUGUUACUAGUCACAGAAGAAAUAUUUAAGGGUCUAUGUACUAAACCUUGGAGUGAGGAUAAAGUGGCUGGGGAUAAGUACCAGCCAAUCAACUACUAACUGCCAUGUGACAGGCUGUGUUUGAAAAAUGUCAGUUCGGAGCUGAUUGGUUGGUACUCUACCUCCAUCCACUUUAUCUCUCUCCAAGGCUUAGUAGAUAGUAUUAGUUACCACUAAGCCCCUGUCUUAAAGGUAAAGGGAAUAAUUUUAGUCUUUGAAUCUAGCUGUCAAGUUCUUUUUUAAAAAUAAAUCUGAACAGGGGCAUUACAUUUCAUACUUAGAGAGGACAUUUAUCAAAGCCUAGUGAGAGAUAAAGUACUAACCAGUCAGCUCCUAACUGCCAUGUUACAGACUGUUUUUGAAAAAUUACAGUUAGGAGCUGAUUGGUUGGUACAUUAUCUCUCUCUCUACUUUAUCUCAACUUUUAUAAACCCCCCCCCCGUAGAAAUACAAUGUUACAGUAUUGAAGAUAAAAUAUAUUUUAACACAACUGCAGUUAUUACAACCUUUACGUACAACUCAACAAAUGUUUUGAAAUAUUCUUCAUACAAAUAUACUGGUAAUGUAAUUUUAAGUAAUGGGGAAAACAGUUUUAAAUACACAUAGAAAAGAGACUGAUAGACUGUGAGAUAGACGUAAAACAUAGUCUAAUUAGAGCUAUUUUUCAAAAGAACUGUGAGAAAGUACUAUAUUCUGAUAUCAUCAACGUACCUGAACAUAACUAAAAUAGACAUCAAAGACUGGGGAAAUAAUAUAUUUUAUAUAUUGAUCAGUAAUGAACACGUUACAGGAUAUUGCUUUUUGUCCUUAUCUUGGACUAUUUUGGGUCUGACCUCCGAUAUCAUUUCCAAGUGUCAACGAGAACUUUUCAGACUGAACAAAGACUGUGCAUAUAACAUUCUGAGGCUGAUUUGCUAAAGUAGUGCAAGUAAAACACACGUACGGUAACACAUAAAAGCCAAUAAGAUAUUAGCUCCUAAAAGACCACUAUAAAGUGUCUAGUUGCAGUGGGUCGCAGUACGUUUGUUCUUUUUGCACCAUGUUUCUCAAGGGUUCAGUAUGGUAUGCCGGC